AUGAAGUUCCUCAUCCUAGGAAUACCGGCUCUGGCUGUGGCCAAACAUGUUCCUUCAAUCUUGGAUAAGCCUCUUGAUCCCCUUUGCGUUGUUUACACUGUGGUUGAGCGUCCUAUCGUCAUCAGCACCUGUUUCCCAUCGAGCACUGUCGCUUGCAUCGAUGGCUAUACUACCACUGUGUCUUCCUCGACAUGUGUAGAUACAACAGUCACCGAGUCUUCAACUAUAACCGACUCUCCAGCUGUAACCAAGUCUUCAGCUUUUCAUCCUCAUCCUCCUCCUCCUCCUCCCCCUGCUACGAAGACAGAAGAGCCCUGCGAGUAUACGACCAUCACAACGGAUAUCUUGACCACCAUUUGCCCCAGCCCAACAAUCAUUACUCACGGAACACAUACAUAUACCAUCACUGAGGCUACCACAUUCACUAUCACUGACAUCAAUACCAAAUACCCCAUACCUAGCGUACCUAGCCAACCUACAUUAGUCUCUACCCCAGGCCAGGUAUUUCCACCAGGAGCAUCUUCGUCGAACAUGGCCCCACCACCUGUCUCUCCCACUUCCUCGGGCAUAGUCGGUCCCAUGCCGUCAGCUGGGCUCUGUGGCGCCCAAGGAAAUGGAAACAGCUGCCAAGACAGCGGCUACGGAAGCUGCUGCGGUUCCGACGAUACUUGCGGUCACGAUGCCGCCCAUUGUGGGAAUGGAUGUCAGCAAGAGUUCGGCUACUGCACUCCUAUCUCGAACGACGGCACUUGUGGCAAUGGGGUCACUUGCACAGGCAGUCCCUUUGGCACCUGCUGCUCUCAGUACGGUUAUUGUGGCAAUUCUACAGAAUUCUGUGGAAAUGGUUGUCAACCCGAAUUGGGCACAUGCGAUGCGGCUCCUACAUUUUCAACCGUAACUCUCACAGACGCUCCAACUGUGGCCCCGUCGAGCAACGCAGUUGAUCCUGCGGCUUCAACUAUUGUGCUAGCGUCGAGCAUCGCAGUUGAUCCUGCGGCUUCAACCACAGUGCUACCGAGUCAAGUCACCGAUACCUCAAGCAGCAUCAUGCCUUCAGCGACUACGCAGUUCGCUUGUGCUGGUGAUACAGGAUCUUACGCUCCCGGCUCUACACCCGCCGCUAUUGGAGCCGCCGUAUUGGCGAGCAUCCCAGGACUUUCGAUCGAUGGCCCUGAUACGUCCAGAUAUCAGCUGGGACUUCUUGAUGACACAAUUGGCACAGUCAUACAAGCGGAAAUCAACCCCAACCCACUUUAUACCGACGAGUUCGCUUACUACGAAGUCGAUGAAACGACUUUCCCCCCUACUACACCUCUUGGAUCGUGCUUCAACUUUGGAUACUUCUAUCACGUUGAUUCGGGCCUCUGUGCCACUGUUAGCGGUAUAACGUCUUAUGCGUCGCCUCUGUUCAAUAACGCCCAACUCACUCUUCAACCGUGUCUGUGUACAUCUUCUGGACGGCCUCCGAUCGAGCAGCUCUUCUGCAAUCUCUUUGACGACGUACCAGGGGGGCCAGGACUGAACUGCCUGGUUUUUGCCGGCGACGAAGGCGACGAAUCAGUGUACGGUCUCAACUAUGGUAAUCCUCCGUUUGCAGGAACCCUUGCUUUCAAUGAUGGCGUAUGUAUUUCGAUCGAAUUCGACGCACGCGGAUCUUUGCCAAACGCGGGCUCGUCGACUAUAAUUGGCGUCCCAGCUACUAGCACUCAGUCGGCGCUUUCAGCUAUUUCCAGUGCUGCAUAUGUACAAUUUCCAACAGCAAUUGCCCUGAGCUCCGUUUUCAAUGCGGUCACUUCAAGCCCUGCAGAUUUUCCAACGCCAAUCACCCAAAUCUUGGCCCCAACAAGUACUUUGGCCUCUCUGGCCUCUGUUUUUCCAAGUGAUAAUGUGUUCACCUACUACAUUAUCCAAACAAAUUCAAGCUCCGCAGCCGGCCUGGCGACUUUCUCCAUAGCCGCUUUGGCAACUUCAAAUGCUGCAGAUCUGGCGACUCCAAGCGAUCAAGUCAUCGUCCCAACAAUUAUAAAUUCCAUUGCCGCUUUGGCGACUUCAAACGCUGCAGAUCUGGGGACUCCAAGUAACCAAGUCGUGGUUCCGGCAAGUACUUUGGCCUUGCCACGCCAACAGCAAUCUGCAAGCCUCGCUCUCUAG